UUCCACUCACCUAGCCUGUAUACACCUGCACACCAUCUAUUUUCCAUGGCUGAACUCCGACGAAAACUAGAGACCCUAUGUGGAGGUGAGGAAACGGAUACCUUCAAAGAGGCCUUCAAUCUUUGGAACCUAGCCAAAACCAACACGGGUCCCGGGUCUGGCUACAAUACUAAGGUUGGGCCCGAUGGCUUGGUCGCUGUGUGUGCAUAUAUUGCAUCGCAAAAUCAACACAAUGAUGAUGUCGAUGCGAGCACUGCUCGCAAAGUAGCGUGUGUCAGCGGGCAGACAUUCCAACAUGCGGUUGCCACUGUCCGAAAGGUCAUUGCAGCCCAUUCCUCCAGUCAUUCGCAUGAGCUAGACUAUGAUAGCUUGAUCGAGGCUUAUAGCUUGCAACUGAGCAACUCUGCUCUAAAGUGGAUGGAUGCGGCGGAAGACAAGAUACCUACAGUCAAGAUGACCAGGGAAAAACUGGGCCUCACUACGAUCAAGUGCGCUGUGUUCCUGUGGGUGUGUCGAGUUAUGGAGGUCACUGACGUCACCGAGAAGCUGCUGGUGCAAAAAGAGCGCGCAGACCAACAAAAACUCCAGACUGUCCUCAAGAUACUUGAGAAGAACGGUGAUGAGCUGGCCGAUGAAAUCCGCGUCGCGCUCCAGAUAUCUCAGCCUUCCAGUUCAAGAUCACCGAGCAAGUCCCCCUCGAAAGCAACGACGAGGUCGCCCACCAGGACGCCUGUCAAGUCCCCCAUCAAGUCUCCAGUGAAAUCGGCAAUGAAGACAAGAGGACAAACCGCCACACCUUCGCGGUCUUCCACACUCAAACGAGCUAUGUUUGCUCCGCCACGCGCCGGCGAGCUCGAAGAUGACAGCGCCGCGUACCCUGAAACACCGACAAAGAGACGCCGCGUAGAACCACCGUCGAAGUCCACUGGGCGUGAUUCACCAUCAAAGACGCCCACAAACGAUGCCAGUGACUCGACUGCGGCGUUUCGCCUUGCACUUAACGGCCAUGCCCCUGCAUCGGCGGCCGGCACAGCUGCUGCCUCUGAAUCCGCGCCCACAACCCCUGUCACACCUCGACGCACAAAGGCUCGGAAGGAGGCUGAGCCGGCGACACCAGAGACACCGAAGAUGCCAGAGAAGCCUCGGACCCGGUUCCGUCCCGUGUUUCUCGAGCAUCGCCAGUGGCUGUCCCGAGGCCCUAAGGUCGAGGCAUUGUGGAAACUCGCAGACGCGAAGCUUUAUGGGACUCCGAUAGCGAUAUGACGCUAGUAAGGCUGAGGCUUUCCCUUCCACAGAUGUUUCCAUCGCAAUGCGAAAUCCAUGCUCGAGGAGACGAGGAACGAAGCGCUGGCUUCUUUCCUUUGAUGGACCGGGCAAUCCCAAGGGCGAAGUUGAUCAGACCCUUUGCUUGUGUUUUGACUGGCAGUUCAGAAUGACAAGCCGCCCAUCGUUGACAAUUUCAUAGUUGGUUGGAACGUUCGUCCAGGAAGGGUCAGGUUGUUGUUCUCAAGGCCUCGUUGCAUGCUUUGUUAUCGCAAAUGAACCUAUUAUGGAGCGAUACCUAAAUGUACACCUUUUCGUUAGGGUACAUAGCUGUAGUUUGGGACUCUGAUUGUUAUUUUAUGUCGAGGAAGGACUAGUACUAGGUUGUAUCUUCCAAAUAGUAUUAGGGAUCUGCCUGUACGGCGUCGUGUACAGGUAUGAGCUGGAGUAUGU